AUGAAAUCAAUAUUUAAUAAAGACAAAUUUCAUGUCUUUCUUUUUCUUUCUUUCUUUCUUUCUUUCUUUCUUUCUCAUUCUCUUUCUUUCAUGCUCAUUCGCUUUCUUUCUUUUCUUCUCUUCUCUUUCUCGCUUUCUUUCUUUCUUUCUUUCAUGCAAAUUCUUUCUUUUCUUUCUUCUCUUCUUCUCCUUUCUUUCUUUUUCAUUCUAUUUUUCAUGCUCAUUCGGAUUCUUUCUUUUCUUCAUUUUUUUCUUGAUUUUUUUCUUUCUUUUGUAUUCAUUCUGAUUCUUUGUUCGCCCUUUCUUUCUUCUUCAUUCUUCUCUUUCUUUUUUCUUUCUUUCUUUCUUUCUUUGCUUUCUUUCUUUCUUUUCUUUCUUCUCUUUUCCAUUUGCAUUCUCUUUCUUUUUCACAUUUUCCCAAUGUUCUACUUUUAUUUUCAUUUUUUUCCAUCUUUAUUCAUUCUUUCUUUCUUUCUUUUCUUUUUUUUCUUUUCUUUCUUUCUUUUCCAUUUGCAUUUUUUCCUGUUCCUUUUAUCCUUUUCUUUUAUUCAUUUCUUUCUUUUUUUUUUUUUUUUUCUUUCUUUCUUCUUUCUUUCUUUCUUUCUUUCUUUCUUUGUCUUUUUUUUCCCUAUAACAAAACUGGGCUUUUUCUUUUUAUUGUUUUUCUUUCUUUUUGUUGGUUUUAAAUAUUACUUGCUACUAUAUUGA